GCGCGGUGACGGAGCGCGGCGGCCGCGGCCCUUUGUUGGCGGCGGUUGAGGCGCGGCGGGGCCGGGCCGGGCCGGGGCCAACGGCGGCGGCGGCGGGGCCGGGCGCGGGGAGGCCGCGGGAGCCGCCGCCGCUCCCUCAGCGCCUCGCCAUGGACUCGGACGAGGGAUACAACUACGAGUUCGACGAGGACGAGGAGUGCAGCGAGGACAGCGGCGCGGAGGAGGACGAGGAGGACGAGGAGGAAGACGAGCCCGACGAUAAUCUGGACCUGGGCGAAGUGGAGCUGGUGGAGCCCGGGCUGCGCGUCGGAGGGGAGCGCGACGGGCUGUUGGGCAGCGAGACGGGCGGGCUGGGCCCCGGCGGCGGCGGCGGCGGCAGCCUGGGCGGCGGGCCGGGCCCCGGCGGCGGCCCCGAGCAGGAGGAGGAUUAUCGCUACGAGGUGCUGACGGCCGAGCAGAUCCUGCAGCACAUGGUGGAGUGCAUCCGCGAGGUCAACGAGGUCAUCCAGAAUCCGGCGACUAUCACUCGAAUACUGCUUAGCCAUUUCAACUGGGAUAAGGAGAAGCUGAUGGAGAGGUACUUCGAUGGCAACUUGGAGAAGCUCUUUGCAGAGUGUCACGUAAUUAACCCAAGUAAAAAGUCGCGAACGCGCCAGAUGAACACCAGGUCAUCAGCCCAGGACAUGUCCUGUCAGAUCUGCUAUCUGAACUACCCAAACUCGUACUUCACUGGCCUAGAGUGUGGACACAAGUUCUGUAUGCAGUGCUGGAGUGAAUAUUUAACUACCAAAAUAAUGGAGGAAGGCAUGGGACAGACCAUUUCAUGCCCUGCCCAUGGUUGUGAUAUCUUAGUGGACGACAAUACAGUUAUGCGUCUGAUCACAGAUUCCAAGGUUAAAUUAAAGUACCAGCAUUUAAUAACCAAUAGUUUUGUAGAGUGUAAUCGACUGUUAAAGUGGUGUCCUGCCCCCGACUGCCACCACGUCGUUAAAGUCCAAUACCCAGAUGCUAAACCCGUGCGCUGCAAAUGUGGCCGUCAGUUCUGCUUUAACUGUGGUGAAAACUGGCAUGAUCCUGUUAAAUGCAAGUGGUUAAAGAAAUGGAUUAAGAAGUGUGAUGAUGACAGUGAAACCUCCAAUUGGAUUGCAGCCAACACAAAGGAAUGCCCGAAAUGCCACGUCACCAUCGAGAAGGACGGGGGCUGCAACCACAUGGUCUGUCGGAACCAGAACUGCAAGGCGGAGUUCUGCUGGGUGUGUCUGGGUCCCUGGGAGCCCCACGGAUCUGCCUGGUACAACUGUAAUCGCUACAAUGAGGAUGAUGCAAAGGCAGCAAGGGAUGCACAGGAGCGAUCCCGAGCAGCCCUGCAGAGGUACCUGUUCUACUGCAACCGCUACAUGAACCACAUGCAGAGCCUGCGCUUCGAGCACAAGCUCUACGCUCAGGUGAAGCAGAAGAUGGAGGAGAUGCAGCAGCACAACAUGUCAUGGAUCGAGGUGCAGUUCCUGAAGAAAGCAGUCGACGUCCUCUGCCAGUGUCGUGCCACACUCAUGUACACUUACGUCUUUGCCUUCUACCUCAAAAAGAAUAAUCAGUCCAUUAUCUUUGAGAAUAACCAAGCAGACUUAGAGAAUGCUACAGAGGUGCUUUCUGGGUACCUGGAGCGAGAUAUAUCCCAAGAUUCGCUGCAAGACAUAAAGCAGAAAGUACAGGAUAAGUACAGAUACUGCGAGAGCCGGCGGAGGGUUUUGUUGCAGCACGUGCAUGAAGGCUACGAGAAGGACCUGUGGGAGUACAUCGAGGACUGAGCCUGGCCCCGCAGCAAUGAACUCUGAACCCUUUCCCAUCCUAGAGUGCUCAUGCAAUUCCAAUAAAACCCACCCAGGGCGCUGCUCCGCCUCUUACACCGCUGGUCUGUAGUACCGGGAUUCUGUUUUGUUAACAGAAAAAUUAAGUAAAUUAUAUUGUAAUAAAAAAAAAGGUAGAUAAACCAUUGUACAACAGUAUUCUAGGCGGCCAAGAGUGUGACAGACGCACUAAAAAACCCUCCAACUUUAACUUGUAACGUAGCUUCAUCCUCCAAGCCGACUCCUUUUUCUUUUCUCUUUCUUUUCCUGUGUGUAGUACAGAUGAAACUUAAACCAGUUUCUUGACACUGCUUUUCAUGUCCAAACCAGCCAUUUUGAUGGACUUUGGUAAGGGGGGUGGCUCUCCCGCCCCCCUCCUCCUCUCUGCCACACAAGUACACGGAUGAAUGUGGAUUGGCUCAUUGUAAAGAGGAUUUCUGGGGAGGGAAGGAGGGGGGUACACAGCAAGGAAAAAAAAAAAAACCCAACCUUUGUAUAUGACUUUUAAAACAAAAAGAGGACAACACAGUAUUUUUCAAAGUUGUAUAUAGCGCAUAUGCAUGGACAAAGAGCAAGCGUGGCACGUGUUUGCAUAAUGUUUAAUUACAAAAAAAUAUUUAUUCUUUAAAAAUCUUCAAGAUUA